UGUUUAGCCAAGUUACUGUAACCGAAUUGUAUUGAAAUUCGAAAAGGGCAUUUUACUUUAAAAUUAUCUCUUAACAGCGUAUAUAUGUAUGUAGAGUAUAGACUUGAUUCUGUAAAGCAAAUAGCCAACAUGUCCUCAGAAGAAGUAGUAUCACGUGAAGUGGAAUAUUUGUUAGCAGAAACAAAAUAUGUAUGUUCCCUUGACGAAAAAUCUCUAGCUAAAGCUAAAAAGGAACUGAACGAAAAUCCAAGAGAAAGACAGGCGGCAGUUGAUCAACUUCGAGAAUGGAUUCUACAACAGCCACAUUUCAAAUGCUGCACGGACACGCGUUUCCUGUUAAUGUUCCUCAGAAGGAGUGCAUUCAGUCAGCUUGAAGCCAGAGCUCUCAUCGAGAAUUAUGUUGCCGUAAUAUGUACAAAGUUGGCAUUCUGGGGAAAAGACAUCGACACACACAGUAAAAGUUUAAAAUCGGCGCUUGAAGUCGGUGUGUUAAUUCCGCUUCCUAUUCCUGACGAUGAAGGACGACGCAUAAUCCUUAACACACCAGGUUGUAUUAAAAGCGGCAAAGGAUAUACGAACUUUGACAUCCUUAAGGCGACUUAUGCAAUCAUGACUUACCUUGUACAGUUUGACGAAGCAACGCAGGUUAAUGGCAUAGUUGUGAUAGACGAUCAGACAAAUGUAACACCGAAAGUGAUGACUUAUAUUGGAUUGGAUAAUCUUGUAAAAGUACUUUCUUUUUUUAUGAACAAGUAUCCGAUCAGGAUGAAAGGUUGGCACUUUUACAACGCUGCAGUAGUGGCCCAGACAAUAAUCAGUGCAUUAAAACCGUUUUUACCCCAGAAGAUUCAGGACAGGAUGUUCCUAUAUGGGAAUAACAUGGAAGACGUAUAUAAACAUAUCCCAAUGAGAUUGCUGCCCCGGGAAUAUCUCCCUGAUGAGUAUACUGGACCUUGUCAAGGAUCACUAUCAGCGAUUCAAGCAAGCUAUAAAAAAGCGUUAAACAGCAAGGCUGUGCGAGAUAAGAUUUGGAACAUUACGUCAUCGGGUAUGACCUAUGAUGAAACGAAGAAACCUGGUGACGUUGGACCACAAGCCUCUUUCAGAAAAUUAAACAUAGACUGAUAAGGGAUUGCAUUUUUGAUUGCUAUGGAUACUUGAUAUCAAUAUAUUAUCCUACACUUAGUGUACUAAAUGUUUAAUAACAUUAAAAAAUAAAUUUGAUAUUUAUUGGCAAAAUGAAUAACCGGAGGAUAUCGUUACGAUAUACUCCGGGUGGAGGAUAUCGU